AAUAUGAAAAUAUUUAUUUCAGAAUAACAAAUGCCUUAUAUAAAUAUGAAAUGAAUCCAGAAUGUGCUUCAAUAAUUGAAAUAAAUGGAUUUGAAACGAAGGAUAAAGCAACAUACCUUAACAUCUUAGAAAAUUAUUCUAAACAUGAAACUAAAUGUUCUUUUGAAAGAAGAAGUUGGCAUCAUUAUCUGCCGUAUG